AAAAAAAUGUAAACCAUAUAUAAUUUUAUUUCUACUUCACAGUGAUGCACCUCAUUGUGUGGACACGUCACAUGAAAUCUUAAUAACACAUUGUAGUGUCCAUAUGUGAAUACUGUAGGGACCGUAGGCCUGUUGUUUAUAUAUAGCGGGUCAGACUAAAUUAAUAAUUAGUCUGCAUGUAUCGCUUUCCACAUCAGGAGAAAUAACUGCAUCUACAUCAAGUACAGGAACUGUCUAAUUAAGUCGUUUAAAGCAGAUCCAGUUUCUCUUUGUCCCAAACAAAGCUGCGUGGUUUUGUUUUGUCCGGGUGAAGAAAGGAGUGCAGGGUCAUUGAACGCCCCUUCCUCCACACAAAGAGCAGGAUGCCAAACAAAGCCCGGAAGCUUCAUAUUUCUAUUUGCCCCGUCUGGAUGGAUCCAGAUAGAGGAUCUAAUUUUCUGAGUAAACAGCACCUCUGUGACCAGUUACUCCUGAGAGGUUUUGUAUCUGAAAAGUGUCUGUAAUUCUCACCAGUACUUUUUUUUUUUUUUACUGAGAAAACAUAGUGUUUUAUGGACGGGAGUUUGGGAAGAGCGGAAUAUCAGGUUGGCGCUGCUGUGUUUGCCGCAGAGGGGCUGCCGCCGCUGCCCAAGAGCCUGGUCGGGAUCCUGAACUCCAGCGGCGGGUCGUGGAGGGACAUGCAGAAGCUGCACAUCAAGAGGAGCCGCAUCCAAGCCGAGAUCAGUUGCAGAGGAGGCAGAGAGGCGGCUGCAGCAAAGCCGGGUGGACUGGACGCUGCGCUGGCGCUCCUGCGCAAAGAGAUGGUCGGUCUACGUCAGCUUGACAUGUCUCUGCUCUGCCAACUUUGGUCUCUCCAUGAGGUCAUCCAACAAUGCAAGGGUGAAGCCUCCUUCAUGGGUGAUAAUGGAUACUCUGAGGAGGAGGAGGAGGAUGAACUAGAGAAGAAGGCUGAAGAUAAAGCAACAAAUUCUUCUCAGUGUUCUUCCAGAAACUCCUUUUGUUUUCACUAGUAAAGAUACAUACAUGGACCAAUGGUGUAAAGAUACCCUGUGGCUAUUUGAGACCCUUUUGUAUUGACUUUUUUACUCGUAAUCUCAUCUCAUGUUAUGCAUGAUUAUCCUUCCACAUUCGUCUCACUAACAAAGCAACCAGUGCCUGUUUUCUGAGAUCACUUUAAAGUUCCUGAUCACUUUAAGCACGCAUUAGGGGUCUUUACCUGCUUUUGUUAAUUCUGUCACCUUAAUUGGUUGUUUUUGUGUGCACAUCACAACACAUCAUUCACACCAUACAUCUAUAACCUGAUGGAUUUUCACACCUUUUUAAGUACACCCUUGAUUUGGGCUUUUAUGUUGGAUUUAAUAAAUUAUUUUUUUCAUCUUU